AUGCAGACCGAGAAAGAACCCCGAUAUCUACAUCGUUCCGGAUUCCGCACAAAUCCUGAUGUCAAAUAUGAACAACGGAUAUCGGAUGCCUUGCAAGACAUUGAGAAGCACGAACGGGCACUACACGGUGGUGAUGAAUCGUGGGAUAUGAUAUGGCAGAUGCUUCUGCAAGAUGCUCCGACGCCUGAGAAUCGCGGUCCAUAUUCACUGCAGAUGGAGGAAAAGAAUCCCGAAUGGUCAUACAAGCUCAUCACCGGCGAAUUGGCUGAAGAGCUUGUCACAAUUACCUUUUCCUCCGUGCCCGGUCUUGCCAGUCUUUACCAUUCCUAUCCGCAUUUCGUCCAGCGGAGUGAUUUACUACGGUACCUUGUGCUGUGGUACUCUGGUGGCUACUAUGCAGACAUGGAUGUGGUUCCAGCCCGCAAGAUCAAAGACUGCCCGGCGACAAAAGAUUUGGUAUUCAACGAGAGCGCUGAUGUUUCCCUCGUCCUUGGGAUCGAGAUCGACGAACCCUUUGCCACCUCUGAGGAAAUGCACUUCUGGCACUGGGCGCGUCCCUACGGAUUCCUCCAAUACACAAUCUACGCACCGCGACGUUUUAGUCCGUUGUUGCGAGAAGUGAUUGUUCGAGUCAUAUCGCACACCAAGCGCCACUUGGACGAGAGUAAUUUCUUUAUAGGUCCGCGUUACAACGAAUUAACGACGCUUGAAAUAACUGGUCCGGGGGUUUUCACCGACGCCAUACUGGAUGUAUUGACAGAUAGUUUACCUGCUUCACAUCCACUGAUUACGAGAUCAAUUGAGGCCGAUGCUGCCCUUGGGGAAUUGGGUCCCCGGGUUUCAGAGGCCCCGUCGCAGCGUGUGACAUGGGCCCCUUUUCAUCGUCUACAAGAGACAUUAUGUGUCAAUGGAUCUGAAGCCAAAGAGGGAAAAGAAUUCGGGGGAUUGUGUGUUUUGCCCAUUAAUGCUUGGGCAAAUGGACAAAGGCAUAGUAAAGCGGAAGGGAUGAACAGUCCCCAUGCUUGUGUCAAUCAUCGAUUUGGGGGCACUUGGAAGCCCUGGAAACACAGCUGGAAGAGCCAGCUAUUCAAUAGCAUCCUGUCAUGA